CACAAGGUCUCCCUCUCCAAUGGAGGGAAAUCUUUGGCGCUCAUUUGCCUCUUAUUCUAAAGUUUUUUUUUUCUCCUCUGCGCCAGUAGUUCUAACUUCUAACCAGUGAGUACAAAACCCAAUCAAAAACCCUAAUCUCGCCACCGAAAUCGCCAUGGAAGAGGAAAUCGCAGCUGAAUUCAAGAAGAGAGGGUUCAUCCUCCAAGACGACGGGGAAAUCCUCGCAAAAUGCCUGACAUUUUGCAUACAAUACAAGCUCAGCGCUUCCGAUCUCGUCACCAAUUGGGACGCUUUCUCAUUAAACAGAGGUCUGGACAUGACAGUAAAGAGUUCGGACAUGGGUGUAUUUCAACAGCUUUUAGAGCGUGAGCAGAGAGAUGAAAUUGUAAAGAAAGAAUCUGGUCUGCAUUACUACUCCAAUGAUAUUGUAAUGAUGUUGAAUGAUGAAUAUGAUAAAACUGCAGAAGAUAUUCCCAGCUCCCCACCAAGUAGACCCAAUGUUUUUGAAGGGGAGUCACUCCAAUCAUCAGAAAAGACUAAUGCGAGCAUGUUUGGCUCUAGAAAGCAUUUAGAUGUAGUAACACCCUUUGGACAGAGAAAGAGCAAAUUUGAAGUGCAAUAUACCCUUAAUGGGCCGUCCAUCACAAAUGACAUGAAAGUAGGAAAUGAUGAUUGUGAUAACAGUGAUGAUGAUAUCAUAAAGAGGGUGCAACCCAUCAAAAGAUGUUCAUUGCAGAUUAAUGGAUCUCAACCUGAGCCAGGCUGCAGGUUUAUGUACGAUAGGAUUGAAGAUAAGUUCAAUUUUCUUGAGGAUCGUAUAAAAAGACAUGCAAGAGCUCUCACUGCUUCUGGGCUCUUUGAAGAACCUAGAGAUCCUACAGUUGCAUCCCAGAGGAGCUUACUAGCUGUUGGCAUGAUUUGCUGCGAGGAAGGACGAUUGAAGGAAAUGCCCAUUUUGCUGCAAAGUAGCGUUGAGCACUCUGGAGGACAGCGUGUGCGUCUUGACUUCCAAAACUUGGAUCACUUUUCGAUCUUCCCUGGUCAGGUGAUUGGCAUUGAAGGACGUAACCCUAGUGGUCACUGUUUGAUUGCGUCAAAAGUUAUUGAUCAUAUUCCUUUGUCAGCUUCUUCGGAUGAAAAUAUGCAUCCUGCAAAGAAACAAGCCAUGGAUCAAGAGCUUCGGCAAAUUGAGACACAUGGUGCUGUGUCAGAAUUAUCAUUGAUCAUUGCUGCUGGGCCUUUUACAACUACUGAUAACCUAUUCUUUGAACCUCUUACUGAGCUACUAGCGUAUGCACGUCGUAAACAGCCUCAGUUGCUUGUGCUGUUAGGGCCUUUCAUUGAUUCUGAUCAUCCAGAGAUCAAGAAAGCCAACAUGCACAAGACAUUUGAGGAAAUGUACCAAGAUGAAAUUGUUGGAAGGUUAAAAGAUUAUGUGGAAUAUAUGGGUUCCUCUGUCCAAGUGAUCCUUAUUCCAUCUAUUCGUGAUGCCCAUCAUGACUUUGUUUUUCCCCAGCCAGCUUUUGAGAUUCCCAAGGCUGAUAGUAUACUUCAGUUGCGCAGCAUCUCAAAUCCAGGAACAUUUCAUGCAAAUGAGGUUAAAGUUGCUUGCUGCACAGUUGAUAUCUUAAAACAACUUAGCGCUGAGGAGAUUUCACGAAACCCCCAAGGGGGUGCCAAGCAGCGCAUGUCUACCCUUGCCAGUCAUGUCUUGAACCAACGCAGCUUCUAUCCUUUGUAUCCACCAGCUGAAGGCAUUCCCUUGGACUUCUCUAUUGCAUCACAAGCUCUCCAGAUAUCAUCCAUUCCAGACAUACUAAUUUUACCAUCAGAUUUGACUAACUUUGUGAGGGUGCUGUCUGUCAAGGGAAAAGGAGAAGAAGACGUGAAAUGCAUUUGCGUGAAUCCAGGAAGGCUGGCAAAAGGCGAAGGCGCCGGUUUCUUUGUUGAGCUUAACUAUCGUGGAAAUCCCGAUUCAGCAAGCGCUUCAGUUAUUCGUCUGUAGGCUGCCGCCAAGCAUUGGUUCUUUUAAUGAAGGGCAUGUUUGGUUGGAGGGGACGUGAGAGAAAGUGGAGGACACUUUCCCACCCCUCAAACCAAACACCAUAAAGAGGUACAGGUAUGUAUGGUUUCAUUUCAUCCUCAAGUGUACCAAUGCCGGCUUGAAACCAGAUCUAAGAAGCACAUGAGCAUCAACAUUAAUGAAAGCUUCAUGAAUGUCUGGCUGGAGAAGUAGAAGAGCAUAUUUGUGUGGCAUAUCACGGAUAUACGAUAAAUGAUAAAAAACAGUUCAUAGAUUAUUCAGAUCACUGCUAUGCCAAUAAUGUAACAUAUGGACUGGUAUGGUCUCGACUCUCUCGAGUGAUGUACAAUAUUCAUUUAUGUGAUUAGCAAUGUAGCAUUGUGGUAAG